AUGCCGGGAUUAGCUGCAUGUAACACACAGCGGCUUGCAGUACCAGACGUUUGUUUAUAUAUUUCGAAAGCACUGGCAUCAGGACGAUGGUGGCCCCAACCACUGCGACGUAUAUAUUACCGCUCUAAUAGUAUGUUCUUUUGCUUUAAUGACAUAAGGAAAUUGGGAAAUUCGAAAUCUUGUGAAGAAAUGGAAAAAACAAUAACCACUACUAAUAUUACUAAUGGACAAGCUGUUCUUACGUCUGCAGAAAAUGAAUCAGCACUUUCGGAUACUGCUAGCCCGAAGUCAUCGUUCUUGUCACGUGAAAAAGCAGCACCUAUCUAUGCUAAACCACGUGGAAGUGGUAAAAAAGUUUAUAAGACAGAAAUUGGUGAAGAUGGACAACAUAUAGCAAACUAUGUUCUGUUCGAAGAUUCAAUGGCAAAGGCGAAGGUAGCAUGGAAAACAUAUUCAGGAAUGACGGCUGAUGAACGUGACAUUUAUAUGGCGCAUUUGAAAGCAAUUCGAGAGCGACGGUUCUCUUAUAAAGAUCCAAAAAAGGGUUUUGUGGUCAUGACUGUAUCACAACAUUUGUCAGGAAAUCAAAAAUAUGGAAUGGUGCCUUCUACACUUAAGCUUAGACACGAACUGAGUCGACAUCGAACUAGACCACCUAGUACAGGUAUAGAGCGACGCACACGACUGCUGGUUGUUGACAAUUCGGAACUUGGUAAGGAAGCUAAUACAUCUGGUAAAUUAGCCUACUGCAUCGAUGUUUACAAAACGGGCGGCCGAAGGAAGCAUAUGCCUCAUGCUACACUUGGCGACAAGAUUCUGGUUGCCAUACGAGGAGAGAUGAAGCAGGCGUUUGUGGUGGGAGCUAACAUUCAUGUAGACUAUCGAAAGCAUGGAAUACCUUCAACAGAUACCAAUAACAUCGUACUUCUUGUAAGUACCAAUUUUACUAAUGAAUUACAGUUGCUUGAGGAACGAAUUAGUUACUGGAAUAAUUAG